ACGAUCUAAAUCCAUUCUGGCGCUCACGGAGCCCAGAAUACUGAUUCCUACUCUAUUGUAGGAAUUAUCUCGAAUACGAUUGGAAAGGCCAACCUUGGAAGUGUGGUUCUGUGUGUGAAAAUGUGUGAUCAGUGCACCCAGAGAUAAUUGGAUUUUUUUAUUUGUUAUGGAAUGGUAUUAACGACUUAAAUCAGAGGGAAAAUUAACUCAAAAUGGCGGAAGCUGAGGGAGGAGCGAGUGAGCAAGAUGAUGUUUCAUUCUUGCGAACGGAAGAUAUGGUGUGCCUGUCUUGCACGGCCACCGGUGAGAGGGUCUGCCUGGCAGCCGAGGGGUUCGGUAACCGGCACUGUUUCUUGGAGAACAUCGCUGAUAAGAACAUACCGCCCGAUCUAUCACAGUGUGUUUUUGUUAUUGAACAGGCUUUAUCAGUAAGAGCUCUCCAAGAAUUAGUAACAGCUGCUGGUUCAGAGACCGGAAAAGGCACAGGCUCAGGUCAUAGAACAUUGCUUUAUGGUAAUGCCAUUUUGCUGCGCCAUCUUAACAGUGACAUGUACUUAGCCUGUCUCUCCACGUCAUCUUCACAAGAUAAGCUAGCCUUUGACGUGGGUCUGCAAGAGCAUUCGCAGGGCGAAGCGUGCUGGUGGACCCUGCAUCCAGCUAGCAAACAGAGAUCUGAGGGUGAAAAGGUCCGUGUCGGUGAUGACUUGAUCCUUGUAUCAGUUGCCACUGAAAGAUACUUGCAUACAACAAAAGAAAACGAAGUAUCAAUAGUGAACGCAUCGUUCCACGUCACCCAUUGGUCGGUACAGCCGUACGGCACGGGUAUAUCCCGUAUGAAAUACGUGGGCUAUGUCUUUGGAGGGGAUGUACUACGGUUCUUCCAUGGGGGGGACGAGUGUCUAACUAUACCUAGCACUUGGAGUAAGGAUGGGGGGCAGAAUAUCGUGGUCUACGAAGGUGGUUCAGUGAUGUCACAAGCCAGGUCGCUAUGGCGGCUUGAACUGGCCCGAACUAAAUGGGCUGGUGGCUUCAUCAACUGGUACCACCCUAUGCGUAUUCGGCACAUCACUACGGGUCGAUACUUGGGCGUGAAUGACCAGAAUGAGCUGUAUUUGAUUAGCAGAGAGGAAGCGACCACAGCAUCCUGCGCUUUCUGCCUCCGUCAAGAGAAAGAUGACCAGAAGGUGGUUCUUGAAGAUAAGGAUCUUGAAGUUAUUGGAGCUCCUAUUAUUAAGUAUGGUGAUUCUACCGUCAUUGUACAACACUCUGAAACUGGGCUAUGGUUGUCUUAUAAGUCAUACGAAACGAAAAAGAAAGGCGUAGGUAAAGUAGAGGAGAAACAAGCAAUUCUUCACGAGGAAGGCAAGAUGGACGACGGUCUUGACUUCUCCAGGUCACAAGAAGAAGAAUCUAGAACAGCUAGAGUUAUUAGGAAAUGUUCUUCGCUUUUCACCAAGUUUAUUAAUGGCCUUGAAACUUUACAAGAAAACAGACGCCACUCGAUGUUCUUCGCGUCAGUCAAUUUGGGAGAGAUGGUCAUGUGCCUUGAGGAUUUGAUCAACUAUUUUGCACAGCCUGAAGAAGAUAUGGAACACGAAGAAAAACAAAACAGAUUUCGCGCGCUCCGCAAUCGUCAAGAUUUGUUCCAAGAAGAGGGCAUUCUAAAUUUGAUUUUGGAAGCUAUAGACAAAAUAAACGUGAUUACGUCACAAGGAUUCCUAGCCGGAUUUUUGGCGGGAGACGAAUCUGGACAGAGCUGGGAUAUGAUUUCUGUUUAUCUUUAUCAAUUGUUAGCUGCUAUAAUCAAGGGCAAUCACACAAAUUGUGCGCAAUUCGCGAAUUCAAAUCGUUUGAAUUGGUUGUUUUCGCGUCUUGGCUCGCAAGCGUCUGGUGAAGGCACGGGAAUGUUGGAUGUAUUACAUUGCGUGUUGAUCGACUCGCCUGAAGCUUUGAAUAUGAUGCGGGACGAACACAUAAAAGUGAUCAUUUCUCUAUUAGAGAAACACGGUCGCGAUCCAAAAGUGUUGGACGUGUUGUGUUCCCUCUGCGUCGGUAACGGAGUCGCUGUGAGAUCCUCGCAGAAUAACAUCUGUGACUAUUUGCUACCUGGGAAGAAUCUAUUACUACAGACUCAAUUAGUUGACCACGUAUCUAGUGUGCGUCCAAACAUAUUUGUUGGACGUGUAGAAGGGUCAGCGGUAUACCAGAAAUGGUACUUCGAAGUGACAAUGGACCAUAUCGAGAAGACGACUCAUAUGAUGCCGCACUUGAGGAUCGGUUGGGCGAAUACUACUGGGUAUGUCCCAUACCCAGGCGGUGGUGAAAAAUGGGGUGGUAAUGGUGUUGGGGAUGAUUUAUAUUCGUUCGGUUUUGAUGGCGCAUAUCUCUGGUCUGGUGGAAGGAAGACUCCAGUCAAUAGAACUCAUUCUGAAGAACCGUUUAUUAGAAAAGGUGACGUCAUUGGAUGUGCGUUAGAUUUGACAGUACCGAUAAUUAACUUUAUGUUCAACGGUGUAAGAGUUACUGGAUCUUUUACAAACUUCAAUCUUGAAGGAAUGUUCUUCCCGGUCAUGAGCUGUUCUAGUAAAUUGAGUUGUCGUUUUCUCCUCGGUGGAGAGCACGGUAGACUCCGCUACGCGGCCCCCGAGGGCUACUCGCCGCUAGUAGAGUCGCUGCUCCCGCAGCAGAUACUGAGCCUGGAGCCGUGCUUCUACUUCGGCAACCUGGCCAAGCGGGCGUUGGCCGGCCCGCCGCUGGUGCAGGACGAUACUGCCUUCGUGCCCACCCCCGUGGAUACUGCUACUAUAUCACUGCCAUCUUACAUCGAACAAAUUCGAGACAAACUCGCCGAGAAUAUUCACGAAAUGUGGGCUAUGAAUAAGAUAGAAGCAGGAUGGAUGUAUGGAGAUCAAAGGGACGACUUGCACAAAAUCCAUCCGUGCCUAGUUCCCUUUGAAAGACUCCCAGCGGCUGAAAAACGAUAUGAUAUACAACUUGCUGUGCAGACACUUAAGACGAUUCUAGCUCUAGGCUACUACAUAAGUCUAGAUAAACCACCAGCGCGCAUUCGUAACGUUAGAUUACCGAAUGAACCUUUUAUGCAGUCAAAUGGCUACAAACCAGCACCUUUAGACCUUAGUGCAGUGACACUAACUCCCAAAAUGGACGAACUAGUGGACCAACUUGCUGAAAACACGCACAAUUUGUGGGCCAGAGAGAGGAUACAACAGGGCUGGACUUAUGGUCUUAAUGAGGAUCCCGAUAUGAACAGAUCCCCACAUUUGGUCCCAUACCCCAAAGUGGACGAUGCUAUCAAAAAGGCAAAUAGAGAUACCGCAUCAGAAACUGUUCGUACUUUACUGGUGUAUGGAUAUAAUUUAGAUCCACCUACUGGAGAACAACAUGAAGCAUUAUUAGCAGAAGCAUCAAAACAAAAACAAGCAGAUUUCAGAACGUAUAGAGCUGAAAAGAAUUACGCAGUUAGUUCUGGCAAAUGGUACUUUGAGUUUGAAAUUCUCACUGCUGGGCCUAUGAGAGUUGGUUGGGCUCAUGCUGAUAUGCCUCCAGGUAUGAUGUUGGGACAAGACGAAAACUCAUGGGCUUUCGAUGGAUAUAACUCGCUAAAAUGGCACGGCGGCACAAGCGACACAUUCGGGCAGCAACUGAAAGUCGGCGAUAUUGUCGCCUGUUUCUUAGACGUUACCGACCAAACUAUUAGUUUUUCACUCAAUGGUGAAUUACUGAUGGAUGCUCUUGGUGGAGAAACUACAUUCGCUGAUGUUCAAGGUGAUAACUUUGUACCAGCUUGUACUCUUGGUGUUGGACAGAAGGCUAGGUUGUCAUAUGGACAAGAUGUUAAUUCUCUGAAGUAUUUCACGACAUGUGGUCUUCAGGAGGGUUAUGAGCCUUUCUGUGUUAAUAUGAAGCGUGACGUCACGCACUGGUACACGAAGGACCAACCGAUAUUCGAGAACACGGACGAAAUGAUCGACACAAGGAUCGAUGUUACUAGAAUACCUGCUGGAUCUGAUACACCACCCUGUCUAAAAAUUUCCCACAACACAUUCGAAACUAUGGAGAAAGCCAAUUGGGAAUUCUUACGACUUUCUCUACCUGUUAUUUGUCAUGCCGAGUUUAUUGAUGAAUCAGAGAAACAGCGUCGUUGGGUAGAAAUCAAGGAAAGACAGCAAAUGCUGAUGAAAGAAGCGACUGAAGCUCAGAUGCCGGCUCAUAUCGACCAGAUUAUGAGAAGUGGCUUCACUAUGAAUGAUAUUAAAGGUCUCCACUACGACGAAAACCAGGAAGACGUGAAAAUAAAGCGCCAACCAUCGAGACCACCACGAAAGGGAUCUAUAACACGCACCGUGACAAUACAAAAUUACAAUUUACAACCAGGUCAAAACGGCAUGCAUCGUUCCACAAGUGAAGCAGAAAUGGCGAAAUAUGAGCUUGGAGUUCAGAAUGUUCAAGAAGAUAAAAAAGACAAACGUGGACGAUCGCCUUUCAAAUUCUUUAGAAGCAAACGUGGGGAGAGUGGUGAUAGAGGCAAGACUAGGAAGUCUAAAACACCAGAAGCCUUUACAGAUACUGAAGUUUCACCAGAUAGGGGAAACUUAGCUAGACGAGCUAAUCCACAAAUACGCAUCUCGCAGACAAACUUAACAGUAGCGACACCAACGCAAGAUCGCAAGCAAAUGACGACUACAAACCUAGCUGCGUCCACUACAGAGACGGUCGGCAAUGAGAUAUUCGAUGCGGAGUGCUUGAAACUCAUUAAUGAGUACUUUUACGGUGUUAGAAUUUUCCCCGGUCAAGAUCCAACUCACGUAUACAUAGGCUGGGUGACAACACAAUACCACUUGCACUCGAAGGACUUUAACCAGAACAAAGUUACUAAAUCAAGUGUUAUUAUUACUGAUGACUAUGAUAGGGUUAUUGAAAGUGUAAACCGCCAAUCAUGUUACGUAGUUCGAGCAGAUGAACUAUAUAACGAAGUAAUGGCUGAAGCUACAGCCAAAGGAGCAUCUCAAGGAAUGUUCAUCGGAUGCUCUGUGGAUACUUCCACUGGGACGGUCGCUUUUACUUGUGAAGGAAAGGAUACGAGCUUUAAGUUUAAGAUGGAGCCAGAAACAAAGCUCUUCCCAGCAAUUUUCGUAGAAGCAACAUCAAAGGAAAUUCUUCAAAUAGAAUUGGGCAGAUCUUCCACAAGUUUACCAUUAAGUGCCGCGGUAUUACCGACAAGUGACAAACACGUGAUACCGCAGUUCCCGCCGAGGCUUAAAGUGCAAUGCUUGAAACCACAUCAAUGGGCUAGAGUACCAAAUCAAUCCCUUCAAGUUCAUGCACUAAAACUGUCAGACAUUCGUGGUUGGUCGAUGUUGUGUGAAGAUGCAGUGUCUAUGUUAGCUUUACAUAUUCCAGAGGAAGAUCGUUGUAUAGAUAUUCUGGAAUUGAUAGAAAUGGACAAACUACUAAGUUUCCACUCUCACACUCUGACGUUGUACGCUGCUCUGUGCUAUCAAAGUAAUUACAGAGCGGCCCACGCACUAUGCCAACAUGUGGACCAAAAACAACUAUUAUACGCGAUCCAAUCACAAUACAUGUCUGGUCCGUUACGUCAAGGUUUCUACGAUCUACUCAUUGCGUUGCACUUGGAAUCACACGCUACUACUAUGGAGGCAUGUAAGAACGAAUUCGUAAUUCCCCUGGGUCCAGAACUAAAAGCACUGUAUGAAGAUCCAGAAAUGUGUCACAGUCUACGGUCGCUACAAACUGAAAGUGUUAGACCGCAAAUGAAUAUGACUAAUAUUGCUGAAAACAUAUCGGACAUAAGCAAUCUAUAUUCUCCAUACUUCCCGCUUGAAGUUGUGAGAUCCUUCGUGAUGCAGGCACUCGCUGAGGCCGUGGAAACUAAUCAGGUUCACAACCGAGAUCCUGUUGGAGGAAGCAACGAAAAUCUGUUCUUACCUCUUAUAAAGCUAGUGGAUAGGCUGCUUCUCGUGGGAAUGAUGAGGGACGAAGAUGUAGAGAAACUGCUCAUCAUGAUCAACCCUGAGACAUGGGAUCCCACUUUUGAUAAAGAAGGCAAAGACGAGCACAGAAAGGGUUUGCUCCACAUGAAAAUGGCGGAAGGUGCCAAACUGCAAAUGUGCUAUUUGCUCCAACACUUAAACGAUAUUCAGUUACGACAUCGAGUGGAAUCCAUUAUUGCGUUUGCGCAUGAUUUUGUUGGCGAUUUACAGUCGGAUCAGUUGAGGCGUUACACAGAAAUUAAGCAGUCAGAUCUGCCAAGUGCAGUGGCUGCUAAGAAAACGAGAGAAUUUCGUUGUCCGCCUAGAGAACAAAUGAACGCUAUACUUAGCUUCAAGCACUUAGAAGAAGAGGACCCUGAGAACUGUCCGUGUGGAGAAGAAUUAAUAGCACGUAUGAACGAAUUCCACGAUGCACUCAUGAGUCAUGUUUCUUUGGGCGCUUUGCAAGAACCGGAUGGUGAUCAGUCAUCAGAACCAGAAAUAAAGAGAGGAGCAUUUGGAAAACUGUACAACAUCAUCAAUACUGUUAAAGAAUUGGAAGAGGAACCAAAGGCGCUUGUAGAGGAACCAAGGAAAACGCCAGAAGAGAAAUUCCGCAAAGUGUUGAUACAGACGAUAGUUAAUUGGGCGGAGGAAUCGCAGAUCGAAACUCCUAAGCUUGUGAGGGAAAUGUUUAGUCUGCUAGUCCGUCAAUACGACGCAGUAGGAGAACUAAUCAGAGCUCUAGAAAAGACAUACGUCAUCAAUGCCAAAACAAAACUAGAUGUAGCAGAGAUGUGGGUCGGACUUAGCCAGAUUCGAGCGUUGCUGCCAGUACAGAUGAGCCAGGAGGAAGAGGAAUUGAUGAGGAAGAGGCUGUGGAAACUUGUCAACAACCACACGUUCUUCCAGCAUCCAGAUUUAAUUCGGGUGCUCCGUGUCCACGAGAACGUAAUGGCGGUAAUGAUGAACACGCUCGGGCGGCGCGCGCAGGCGCAGUCCGACGCGCCCGCCGCCUCGCCGCCCACGCCCGAGGAUAAGGAGAAGGACACCUCCCACGAGAUGGUGGUAGCGUGCUGCCGUUUCCUCUGCUACUUCUGUCGCACGGGCCGGCAGAACCAGAAGGCGAUGUUCGACCACUUCGACUUCCUGCUGGAGAACUCCAACAUCCUGCUGUCCAGACCCUCGCUCAGAGGAUCCACUCCAUUGGAUGUGGCGUACUCCAGCUUGAUGGAGAACACGGAACUUGCGUUGGCUUUGAGAGAGCACUAUCUAGAAAAGAUAGCUGUGUAUUUAUCUCGUUGUGGGCUUCAAAGUAACUCGGAGUUAAUUGAAAAGGGCUAUCCAGAUUUAGGUUGGGAUCCCGUGGAAGGUGAAAGAUAUCUGGACUUCUUGAGAUUCUGCGUUUGGGUAAACGGUGAAAGCGUAGAAGAAAACGCCAAUCUAGUAAUUCGUCUCCUAAUCCGUCGUCCUGAAUGUCUUGGACCAGCUUUACGUGGUGAAGGAGAAGGUCUUCUUAAAGCGAUAGUGGAUGCUAAUAAAAUGAGUGAAAGAAUUGCUGAUAGACGGAAACUAAGAGAUCUGGAAGCGGAGGGAGAUGUUAGUUCCCAAUUUCAGUUCAGUCAUCCGCUUCCCGAAUCAGAAGAAGACGAAGACUAUAUAGAUACAGGAGCGGCCAUUUUGAAUUUCUAUUGCACACUUGUUGAUUUGUUGGGAAGAUGUGCGCCUGAUGCUGCUGUUAUUGCUCUUGGUAAAAACGAAUCUCUUAGAGCUCGUGCUAUCCUGCGUUCUCUAGUACCAUUAGAAGAUCUGCAGGGAGUACUGAGUCUUAGGUUUACGUUGAACAAUCCAGCUGCUGGUGAAGAGAGACCUAAAUCUGACAUGCCCUCUGGCCUCAUCCCUGGACACAAGCAAAGUGUAGGUCUAUUCCUUGAAAGAGUCUACGGAAUAGAAACACAGGAAUUGUUCUAUCGGCUUCUGGAAGAGGCUUUCCUGCCUGAUUUGAGAGCCGCUACUAUGUUGGAUAGGAACGACGGCUGCGAAUCCGAUAUGGCGCUAUCAAUGAACCGCUACAUCGGCAACUCGAUCCUGCCCUUACUGAUCAAACACGCCAACUUCUACAAUGAAGCUGAGAAUUAUGCUAGCUUGUUGGAUGCUACGUUGCAUACUGUUUAUAGGUUAUCCAAAAACCGAAUGCUAACAAAGGGCCAACGAGAGGCAGUAUCAGAUUUCCUCGUAGCUCUAACUGCAGCUAUGCAACCGUCCAUGUUGUUGAAACUGUUGAGGAAACUCACUGUGGAUGUGUCGAGAUUGUCGGAAUAUACUACUGUGGCUUUGAGGCUACUAACACUGCACUACGAGCGCUGCGCCAAGUACUACGGCAGCACGGGCGGGCAGGGCGCGUACGGGUCUUCCUCAGAUGAAGAGAAACGACUCACUAUGAUGCUGUUCUCCAACAUAUUCGACUCACUCAGCAAGAUGGACUACGAGCCCGAGCUGUUCGGCAAAGCGCUGCCAUGCUUGAUCGCUAUUGGUUGUGCUCUACCGCCUGACUACUCUUUGGUCAAGAACUACGACGAUGAAUUCUAUGGAAAGGAUACUCAAGCUACGGGUGCAGACAAUCCCCAAUACGAUCCACAACCAAUUAACACAUCAUCUGUGGCUCUGAACAACGAUCUCAACACGAUCGUUCAGAAAUUCUCUGAACAUUACCACGAUGCUUGGGCUUCUAGGAAAAUCGAGAACGGUUGGGUUUACGGUGAAUCUUGGUCAGACAGCCAGAAGACACAUCCACGACUCAAGCCUUACAACAUGCUUAAUGAUUACGAGAAAGAACGUUACAAGGAACCGGUCCGUGAAUCACUGAAAGCUCUCCUCGCUAUCGGCUGGUCGGUAGAACACUCUGAUGUGGACAUACCUUCAAACAACCGGUCAUCUAUGCGAAGACAGUCGAAGAGUGGCAUUGAUUCAGCAACGCCCUUCAACUACAACCCGCACCCGGUCGAUAUGACGAACCUCACUCUCUCCCGAGAGAUGCAGAACAUGGCGGAGAGAUUGGCUGAGAACGCACACGAUAUAUGGGCUAAGAAGAAGAAGGAGGAAUUGGUCACUAACGGCGGUGGAAUCCAUCCCCAACUCGUACCAUACGAUCUCCUAACUGACAAGGAAAAGAAGAAAGAUCGAGAACGUUCUCAAGAGUUCCUUAAAUACCUCCAAUACCAAGGCUACAAGUUACACCGUCCAAGCAAAGCCACCCAAAGUGAUACGGAACAGACCUCUACUGGUGUAGCAAUUGAGCUCAGAUUCGCAUAUUCGUUAUUGGAGAAGUUAAUACAAUAUAUCGAUAGAGCGACCAUUAAUAUGAAGCUAUUGAAGCCAUCCACUACGUUCAGUAGACGGUCCAGUUUUAAAACGAGCACGAGGGAUAUUAAGUUCUUCUCGAAGGUGGUACUACCAUUAAUGGAGAAAUACUUCUCAACACAUCGGAACUACUUCAUCGCGGUAGCAACGGCUACUAAUAAUGUUGGAGCGGCGAGUCUUAAGGAGAAGGAAAUGGUAGCAGCACUGUUCUGCAAACUUGCUAGCUUGUUGAGAUCUAGAUUGGCAGCAUUCGGACCAGAUGUGCGUAUAACAGUGCGUUGUCUACAAGUACUUGUUAAGGGUAUAGACGCUAAGUCUCUUGUGAAGAAUUGUCCAGAAUUCAUUAGGACGUCCAUGUUGACGUUCUUCAAUAAUCUGGCUGAUGAUUUGGGACACACCAUAUUGAAUUUACAGGAGGGUAAAUACGCUCACCUACGUGGCACUCAUCUCAAAACCUCAACGUCUCUGGGCUACAUCAAUGGAGUUCUUCUUCCAGUACUAACGGCUAUGUUCGACCAUUUAGCCAAUUGCGAGUAUGGUGCUGAUUUACUUUUGGACGAGAUUCAAGUAGCAUCCUAUAAGAUGCUAGGAUCGCUCUACACUUUGGGAACAGAUGUAGCUCUGACGCACGACAGGAAAUAUCUUAAAACUGAAAUAGAGAGACACAAAAACGCAUUGGGUUCAUGUUUGGGCGCAUUCAGUUCAACAUUCCCGGUGGCGUUCCUGGAGCCUCACCUCAACAAACACAACCAGUUUUCGCUAUUGAACCGUAUCGCUGAUCAUUCUUUGGAAGCUCAAGACAUUAUGGCCAAGAUGGAGCAAUCCAUGCCAACACUAGAAACGAUUCUAAACGAAGUGGAUCAAUUCGUAGAAUCAGAUAAAACAUAUAACGAAGCACCUCACAUUAUUGAUGUGGUGAUGCCUUUAUUGUGUUCGUAUCUACCGUUCUGGUGGGCACAGGGACCUGAUAAUGUUACUCCUACUGGCGGCAACCACGUAACCAUGGUGACCGCGGAGCACAUGAACCAGCUCCUCAAGAACGUGCUAAAACUAAUCAAGAAGAACAUAGGCAAUGAGAGUGCUCCGUGGAUGACGCGUAUUGCAACUUACACGCAGCAGAUAAUAGUGAACAGCUCGGAGGAGCUGCUGCGCGACGCGUUCCUGCCGCUCGCCGAGCGCGUGCGCCGCCGCACCGACAACAUGUUCCACAAGGAGGAGAGCCUGCGCGGCUUCAUCAAGUCAUCAACAGACGACACCUCCCAAGUGGAGUCCCAAAUACAAGAAGAUUGGCAGCUCCUAGUUCGUGAUAUUUAUUCGUUCUACCCGCUUCUUAUCAAGUAUGUGGAUCUGCAGAGAAACCACUGGCUGAGGAAUAAUGUGCCUGAGGCAGAAGAACUGUACAACCACGUGGCCGAAAUAUUCAACAUCUGGUCCAAGAGCCAGUACUUCCUAAAGGAAGAACAGAACUUCAUAUCCGCCAACGAAAUCGACAACAUGGUGUUGAUAAUGCCCACAGCGACUAGACGAGUGACUACGAUUGUUGAUGGCACCCCUCAAGGUGGCGGAAAGAAGAAGAAGAAGCAUCGCGACAAGAAGCGCGACAAGGACAAGGAAGUGCAAGCGUCACUAAUGGUGGCCUGCCUCAAGCGGCUACUACCGGUGGGCUUAAAUCUCUUCGCGGGACGGGAACAGGAGCUCGUGCAACAUUGCAAGGAUCGCUUCUUGAAGAAAAUGUCCGAACAAGACGUGGCAGAAUUUGCGAAGACCCAAUUAACGUUGCCAGAUAAAAUAGACCCAGCGGACGAAAUGUCCUGGCAACACUAUCUAUAUAGCAAACUUGGUUCUAAGAGCAAGACAACUAUAACUGUGGAGACUUCGGAGAAUAAGGCAAAGAUAAUAGAUGAUACUGUGGAAAGGAUUGUAGCUAUGAGCAAAGUGCUGUUCGGAUUGCAUAUGAUCGACCACCCGCAACAAAUGAGUAAGAACGUUUACCGUUCUGUCGUGUCCAUCCAAAGGAAGCGAGCUGUUAUCGCCUGUUUCAGACAAACAUCACUGCAUUCGUUGCCAAGGCAUAGAGCAUGUAACAUCUUCGCAAGGACGUACUACGAGUUAUGGUUGGAAGAAGAGAACAUCGGACAAGAAGUCAUGAUAGAAGAUUUGACGCAAUCAUUCGAAGACGCGGAAUUAAAGAAGAGUGAUGUAGUAGAAGAAGAAGGCAAACCGGAUCCAUUGACCCAAUUGGUUACAACAUUCUGUCGUGGUGCGAUGACUGAGCGAUCGGGAGCUUUGCAGGAGGACCCCCUGUACAUGUCGUACGCGGACAUAAUAGCGCGGUCGUGCGGUGAGGAGGAGGAGGAGGGGGGGGACGAGGAGGAGGGCGCCGAGCCCGAGCAGGAGGAUGAGGGCAAGUCCAGUAUACAUGAACAAGAAAUGGAGAAACAAAAGCUCCUCUUCCACCAAGCGCGUCUUGCCAAUAGGGGCGUCGCUGAAAUGGUGUUACUUCACAUAUCUGCUUCAAAAGGUUGUCCCAGUGACAUGGUGAUGAAAACUUUACAAUUGGGAAUAUCUAUAUUGAGAGGAGGCAAUAUUGAUAUACAAAUGGGAAUGUUAAACCACCUAAAGGACAAGAAAGACGUCGGCUUCUUCACUUCCAUCGCCGGUCUGAUGAACUCCUGUUCUGUGCUCGACUUGGACGCUUUUGAGAGAAAUACAAAAGCAGAAGGUCUUGGUGUGGGUCUAGAGGGAGCAGCUGGUGAGAAGAACAUGCAUGAUGCGGAGUUCACUUGUGCGUUGUUCCGGUUCAUACAGCUUACUUGUGAAGGACACAAUUUGGAAUGGCAGAACUACCUCCGAACGCAAGCCGGUAACACGACUACUGUGAACGUCGUCAUUUGUACUGUGGACUACUUGCUGAGGUUACAGGAAUCUAUCAUGGACUUCUAUUGGCAUUAUUCGAGCAAGGAACUAAUAGACCCAGCAGGCAAAGCGAAUUUCUUCAAAGCAAUCGGAGUUGCGUCUCAAGUGUUCAACACUCUCACUGAAGUCAUACAAGGACCGUGUACUCAGAACCAACAGGCUUUGGCACAUUCUAGGUUAUGGGACGCAGUGGGCGGUUUCCUGUUCCUGUUCUCUCACAUGCAGGACAAGCUCUCAAAGCACUCAUCUCAAGUGGACCUAUUGAAGGAACUGCUCAAUUUGCAGAAGGACAUGAUCACCAUGAUGUUGUCUAUGCUUGAGGGGAAUGUUGUUAAUGGUACAAUCGGUAAGCAAAUGGUGGACACUCUAGUAGAGUCAGCAUCGAACGUGGAACUGAUUCUCAAAUACUUCGACAUGUUCCUAAAACUCAAGGACUUGACUUCAAGCGCUAGUUUCAAGGAAAUUGAUACAAAUAAUGAUGGUUGGGUGCUGCCGAAGGACUUUAAGGAGAAGAUGGAACAGCAGAAGAGUUAUACACCGGAAGAAAUCGAAUUCCUCCUAGCCUGCUGUGAAACCAACCAUGAUGGUAAAUUGGACUAUGUUGGAUUCUGUGACCGUUUCCACGAGCCAGCUAAAGAAAUUGGUUUCAACUUGGCCGUGCUUUUGACCAACUUGUCGGAACAUAUGCCUAAUGAACCUAGGUUAGCCCGCUUCCUAGAAACAGCGGGUUCAGUUCUCAACUAUUUUGAGCCGUUCCUCGGUCGUAUUGAAAUCAUGGGCGGCUCCAAACGGAUUGAAAGGGUUUACUUUGAAAUUAAGGAGUCUAACAUUGAACAAUGGGAGAAACCGCAAAUUAAGGAAUCAAAACGAGCGUUCUUCUACAGCAUAGUAACAGAAGGAGGUGACAAAGAGAAAUUAGAAGCAUUCGUGAAUUUCUGUGAAGACGCCAUCUUUGAAAUGACUCACGCGUCCGGUCUCAUGGCCGCGUCUGAAGAGUCGGCUAGUGGACCGAAGAAUAGAGAAGCCGCGUAUACUUAUAUGGGUGAUGAUGAUGAUGAACGAGCCGGCAAAGAUCCCUUCCGUCGCGGUUACCAAUCAGUAAAGGACGGUAUUGCCGCGGCAUUUUCGUCUUUAUCACCAUCUAAUAUAAAGGCGAAAAUCGCAGAUCUUCAACAGAUGCCUCCCGCGGAAUUGUUCAUUGGUUUCUUUAAGCUGUUCUUCUAUUUGUUCUAUUAUAUUGGAUACGGAUUUGUUGUUGUUAUAAGGUAUAUAUUCGGAGUUCUACUCGGUCUCAUGCGAGGGCCACAAGUGGAGGAAACACCCCCAGAGCCAGAGGAGGAGGAGAAAAUCGGUCAGUUCAAACACAGGUUGAUGCAAAGUCCAGCUCGACACUUGCCAGCAUUACCGGCAGCUGACGAUACUGGACAAAUGCAAGUGUCCGCUUUCGGUUUAGAUAUCACCAAAGAAGACAAUGGCCAGAUCCAAGUAAAACCGCACGAGUCGCCGAGCGCGUCAACGCCGUCUAGCGGCGAGGAGGCGGACGCGGCGCCGGACGACGCGCCUGACUCCGACGAGCCGCAACCGCCCUCGCUCAUUGAUCUGCUCGGUGGUGAACAAGCGAAGAAACAAGCACAAGAACGUAUAGAGGCACAGGCCGCGCAACAAGCCGCUAUGUCGGCGAUUGAAGCUGAAAGCAAAAAGGCGGUACAAGUACCAGCGCCAUCAGCCCUUUCCCAGAUAGACCUGUCCCAAUACACAAAGCGCGCGGUAUCGUUCUUGGCGCGAAACUUCUACAACCUGAAGUAUGUCGCGCUCGUGCUAGCUUUCUGUAUCAACUUCGUACUGCUCUUCUAUAAGGUAACGACUCCGGACAACGAGAAGGGUGAAGGAUCAGGUCUUGGUGAUAUCAUCAGCGGUUCCGGCUCUGGAGGUGGAUCUGGAAGUGGUGAUGGAAGUGGCGAAGCGGAAGAAGAUGAAUUUGUAGAAGUGGUGCAAAUAGACGAGGACUUCUUCUACAUGGAGCACGUGAUCAAUGUGGCGGCCAUGUUGCAUUCGGUCGUGUCGCUCGCUAUACUCAUCGGAUAUUAUCACCUUAAGGUGCCUCUAGCCAUAUUCAAGCGAGAGAAGGACAUAGCGCGCAGACUGGAGUUCGACGGUCUGUACAUCGCGGAGCAACCUGAGGACGACGAUCUGAAGAGCCAUUGGGAUAAACUCGUUAUAUCUGCCAAAUCGUUCCCUGUGAACUACUGGGACAAGUUCAUAAAGAAGAAAGUUCGAGCAAAAUAUUCUGAAACUUACGAUUUCGACUCAAUCUCCAACAUGUUAGGAAUGGAAAAGACGUCUUUCUCCGCACAAGAAGACGAGGGAAGCAAGGGGCUGUUGCAUUACAUAAUAAACAUCGACUGGCGCUACCAAGUGUGGAAGGCCGGUGUCACUAUCACGGACAAUUCCUUCCUCUACUCUCUCUGGUACUUCAGCUUCUCUGUGAUGGGCAACUUUAAUAAUUUCUUCUUUGCCGCUCAUUUGCUGGAUGUCGCUGUUGGUUUUAAAACGUUGAGAACUAUCUUGCAGUCUGUCACGCAUAACGGGAAACAGCUGGUGCUCACAGUGAUGCUACUCACAAUCAUCGUGUACAUAUACACGGUGAUAGCGUUCAACUUCUUCCGCAAGUUCUACGUGCAAGAGGAGGACGACGAGAUUAACAGGAACUGCCAUGAUAUGUUGACGUGUUUCGUGUUCAACCUGUACAAGGGAGUACGUGCUGGUGGUGGUAUCGGAGACGAGUUGGAACCUCCUGACGGUGACGACUCUGAAGUGUACCGCAUCAUUUUCGACAUAUCCUUCUUCUUCUUCGUCAUCAUUAUCCUGCUCGCUAUUCUGCAGGGUUUGAUCAUCGACGCGUUCGGAGAGCUCCGUGACCAGCUGGAGUCGGUCAAAGAGGACAUGGAGUCCAAUUGCUUCAUAUGCGGUAUUAAUAAGGACUACUUUGAUAAGGUACCGCACGGGUUCGACACGCACGUGCAACGGGAACACAAUCUCGCGAACUACAUGUUCUUCCUCAUGCAUCUUAUUAAUAAACCGGAUACUGAAUAUACUGGUCAAGAAACAUUCGUAUGGAACAUGUACACCCAGAGAGCUGGGACUUCUUCCCCGUCGGAGAUUGCUUCAGGAAACAAUACGAAGAUGUCAUGGGAGAAUAGUUUUACUCUUAUUAAUAAUAAGAGAGGAAACUGUUCGAAACAGCCUUUAUUGCUCAACGAUGACACCAAUUUGUAACCACUUUAAUAGCAAUAAACAUGUUUGUACAUAGAUAAUAAUGUUGUUUUUUCUGUCAUAUAAUUUGGCGGGAUUUUGAAAUGUCAACUUUCUUAAUUAUGACAUAAUAAUGUACCUACGUUGAAAUCAUUAAUUUCUAACUUUGCAUUGUAAAUAAAAUGUAUUUAAUAAUAUAGCGAUGUUAACAAAUUGCUAUUUUCGUGGUACUUUCGAAUUUUAAGCUUGUCUUAAACUAAAACUAUUUUAAACAAUGUUUUUAAAAAAUAAGGUGGCCUUUCCAAGUUUUCUAUUUUAACUUUUUCGAUAUAGUCUAUGUAAGAAUAUAAUGCGCGUUGAAUAAAAUCUUUAAUUUAUUC